AUGCCCAUCUCGAAUUCAAAUGGUAACCUAUCUUCCGUCACACCCGGUGUCCUUUCUGGAAAUACUUCAUUAAUUGGCGGUGUGUUCCCGAAUCCUCAAUAUGCCUGCCCGCGCUGUCGAGCCGGCUAUUGUGAACUUCCUGUUGAAUGUUCUGUCUGCGGAUUGACUUUGGUGGCAGCCCCGCAUCUAGCCCGUGCAUAUCAUCAUCUAUUUCCGCUGCCGCCUUUCAUAGAGGAACCAGCCACAGCCCAAUUGACCGGUGCCGAUAAAACAACAGAUCAGUCUUCCAAAGCAAUUGAUGAGCACCGUGUAGGGAUGAGUGAAGUAGAAGAUACCUCUCCUGCUCAGCUCAAAUGCACCGGUUGUAAUUGUCUCUUGUCUCUUGGGAAACCAGUGAGUAUAAAGAGGAUAUGA